UUGAUAGAAAGAAUGCUUGUAGGUGCUCAUGAUUAGUAUCACAUUCCUUGUGCCAUAUGGCAUUUUGUACAUAAAGAGAAGAGUGAUGUAGCUUAGCUUAUGGACUCUCUGAUUAUAGAGAGUUUUAUAAAUUGGAAGCUUUGGCAUAGUUGUUGUAAACUUGAUCUCUAUUCAGAUAUUCAAUUUCUGUCCAUAAUUUGAAAUAUUUACCUUCUCCUAGGGCCAUCCAAUGCCAAGAGGUCCUGAUUGAUUCAAAGUUCCUCACAUUCCAAUAUCCAAGUAGACCAAGUGCAUCCAAUUCUAAGAAGAUUGAACAUUUCAGGUAUAUUUUAUUAAACCUCAGCUUCUGUAAAAACUUCCCAUCCAUCACUAAGUUUAUCCUCACCAUCACCAUAUUAGUAAGCACAUUUAUCUUUUUGUCAAUUCAGACUUCAAAGCAAGACCUGAAAUCAAAUUUGUCAGUUUAUAUGGUAGUCCCUGGAUGUUCCAUUUUUUUGCAGGGCAAUACAUGAGUAAUACUUCUAGGUAAUUUUUUUUUCUGUUUUCUGAAAAUGUUGAAUUCAUGUUACAUAGAAGAUGUCAACAAUUGACCAUACAACAACUUUUAUUCCGCUCCCUUUUUCUAGACCAGCUUAUGUGAGAAUGAUCCAAUUAUCCAAACAUGGAUCUAUUGAUUUCACGUACUUAGAGAUGAGUACAGGUUAGAACUAUUUUAAAUUACCAGCACAUGAAAUCUAUUGCAUUCUUCAUUUGAUGGUGUUUUUAGUUAUCAUACUCUCUCUCAUCCUAUCUCCAUUUUAUCAAUUUUGCAGAACUUAGCCUGAAACUCAGUGUCACUCUGUAAAUUGAAGCAGAAGAAGGAAUUAUGUCCUACAUGACUUUUAAGGCAUGGAACCUUAAGUGGUAAUAGAUUAUAUUCUUUUCAUGAGGAAGUCACUUGACAAAGCAAAAAUGUAUCAAGUAUGCCUUCUAGAUCAUUUAAAAGUCUUAUUUAAGCAUUAGUGCUUUACAUUUGAGCAUAUAUAGUCUUUCCAACUGAGU